AUGGGAGGGGGUUCUGCAAUCAAGUCUGCCGCCAAGACUCCCCCAGCAUGGGUGGGCAACAGGGUGCUGCCAAAGACAGCUGUGGUUAUUGACAUGGGCACCGAUCUUAAGGUGGGCUUCGCUGGACAGUCCCUACCCACCUACACCGUGGCCACCAUUGUGGGCUGCCAGCCCAAGAAACAAACCACUGAGGGACAGCCAGAGCUGGGGAAACAUUUAUUGAAAGGCAGCCCACUCACCACACUGGAGCUGAAGCUGGUGCAGCCUGUCCGCAAUGGCAUGUGGGACUGGGAAGCAGCCGAACUCAUCUGGCGCCACAUGCUGGAGCAUGACCUCCAAGUGGCCACCCAGGACCACCCGCUGCUCUCUCUGAUCCCUCAGCCCACCACCAACCGCGAGAAGUUGGUGGAAGUGGCCUUUGAGUCACUGUGCUCACCAGCCAUGUAUGUAGCAUCCCAGUCAGUGUUGUCAGUCUAUGCCCAUGGAUGUGUCAGUGGGCUAGUGGUGGACAGCCAUGGAGUCAGCUGUUCAACGGUGCCUGUCUAUCAGGGAUUACAACCUGCCCAGGCCAUUGAGCGCCUGGACCUGGCGCACCCCCUGACCGCCUUCUUAGCAGAGAUGCUGCUGGGAUCUGGCUUCCAGUUGCAACAGCAGGACCUGGACACUGUGGAGAACAUCAAGCACCGUUACUGCUACGUGGCUUCAGAUUUCCAGAAGAAGCAGGCACAGAUGGACCAAGACUGCCAGAAGUCCCUGAAGCUACCAGAUGGACGUACUGUCACACUGGGAAAGGAGCUGUUCCAGUGUCCAGAGCCUUUCCAUCCCCCAGAGAUCCCAGGGCUGUCACCCGUGGGCCUCCCCACCAUGGCGGAACAGAGCCUCUGCAAGGUGCCCCAGAUCUGCGACCUGACAUGCCAGAACGUGCUGCUGUGCGGAGGCUCCUCACUUUUUACUGGGUUUGAAAGUCGCUUCAGGGCGGAGCUGCUGCUCUCUCUGCCCCCGGAGACCCACGUGGUGGUGGCCGCCCAGCCCAGAAACUUCUCGGUGUGGAUCGGAGGGUCCAUCCUGGCCUCCCUGCGCGCCUUCCAGUCCUGCUGGGUCCUGCGGGAAGAGUAUGAGGAACAGGGUCACAUUGUGUACCGCAAAUGCUACUGA